AUGGACCUGAUGCCAUACUUUUCCUUAGAAACCUGGGUUCUCAUGGCUACCAGCCUGGUGCUCCUGUAUCUAUAUGGCACCUCUACACAUGACCAUUUUAAGAAGCUGGGUAUUCCUGGGCCAACACCUCUGCCUUUCCUGGGAAAUAUCAUGGGCUACCGCAAGGGUGUGUGGGAUUUUGAGAUGAAAUGUUAUAAAAAAUAUGGACAUAUUUGGGGAUUUUUUCAGGGUCUACAGCCUGUGCUGGUCAUUGCUGAUCCAGACAUGAUGAAAACAGUGCUUGUGAAGGAAUGUUACUCUGUCUUCACAAACCGGCGGUCUUUUGGACCAGUGGGAUUUAUGAAAAUUGCCCUCAUGAUCUCUAAGGAUGAAGAAUGGAAGAGACUUAGAACACUGUUGUCUCCAGCCUUCACUAGUGGAAAACUCAAGGAGAUGUUACCCAUCAUUGUCCAUUAUGGAGAUGUGUUGGUGAAAAAUCUGAGUCAGGAAGCAGAGAAAGGCAAGCCCAUCAAUGUGAAAGAAAUCCUUGGGGCAUACAGCAUGGAUGUGAUCACUAGCACAUCAUUUGGAGUGAACACUGAUUCCCUUAGAAACCCAGAGGAUCCCUUCUUGAAAAAUCUCAGGAGGCUAAAUAAUUAUGAUAUCUUUAGUCCUUUACUAUUCUCAGUAACACUCUUUCCUUUCCUCAUCCCAAUAUAUGAAGCAUUGAAUAUCAGUAGGUAUCCCAGAGAUGUUAUAGAUUUUUUGAAAACCUCCAUUGAAAAGAUUAAAGAAGAUCACCUCAAAGACAAGAAAAAGCAUCGAGUGGAUUUACUGCAACUGAUGAUUAACUCCCAGAAUUCCAAAGAAGUUGAUUCCUACAAAGCUCUGACUGAUGCAGAACUUGUAGCCCAGUCGAUCACCUUUCUUUUUUCUGGAUAUGAGACCACUAGCAAUGCUCUUACUUUCAUCAUGUAUUUAUUGGCCACUCACUCUGAUGUCCAGCAGAAACUGCAGCAGGAGGUUGAUUCAGCUUUUUCCAAUAAGGCACUUAUCACAUAUGAUGUCAUCAUGCAGAUGGAAUAUCUGGACAUGGUGGUGAAUGAAAGUCUCAGAUUAUACCCAAAUUCUAGCAGAUUUGAAAGAGUCUGUAAGAAAGACUUUGAAAUCAAUGGAGUAUUCAUUCCCAAAGGGACAAUUGUGGCAAUUCCGGUCUAUGCCCUUCACUAUGAUUCGAAGUACUGGACAUACCCUUAUGAAUUCCGCCCUGAAAGAUAUAGUUCAAAAAAAAAAAACAAGGACAACAUCAAUCCUUACAUAUACCUUCCCUUUGGAGCUGGUCCUCGAAAUUGCAUUGGUGUGAGGUUUGGCCUCAUGAACAUGAAACUUGCUCUGAUCAGAUUAAUGCAGAACUUCUCCUUCAAGCCUUGUAAGGAAACCCAGUUCCCGCUUAAACUAGCCCCACAAGGACUCCUCAAGCCUGAGAAGCCCGUUAUUCUAAAGGUCAUGUCAAGAGAUGGGAUUGUACAUGAAGCUUGAUUAUCCUGUAGACUUUGCCUUUGUUCUUCAUGGAAGCUGUACUCAAAACACAAGAGACCUCAAUGUAUUUUGCUAAUAAUAGUUGGAAAUAAUGUUGUAACCGA